CUCACUGAAUCACUGAAGAAUAUGGCGCUCUUUGACUCACUUAGUACAGAAAGGAAUGAAACCUGAUGUUUGCAGAGAGUAAAAGGAUUUUGUUGAGUGUAUGGAUUAAUUACAAUCAUGAUUACUAUUAAUAUUCAAGUAGUCCUGUUAAUGACGUUCUGUGUGAUGAUGUUAAUGAUUUCUUACACUAGAACAGAAGGGGAUAAAGUUGAUGGUGGAUGGACAGAAUGGAGCCUCUUGUCAGAUUCCGAUUGCUCAGAGCCUUGUGGGGGUGGUGAACAGACCCAAGUCCGCACUUGCACAAAUCCGAAGCCUCAGAAUGGAGGUAAAGAUUGUGAAGGUGAUGACCACAGAAGUAUAAGAUGCAAUGAAGAUUCGUGUGAAGACAGAAUGAAAAAUUCUGAGUGGCAGCCAUGGUCUGAGUGCUCCACGACGUGUGGAGAAGGCACUAGAAGCCGAGAGAAGAAGUGUGUGAAAGGGGAAGACGAUGGAUAUAAGUGUGACAAAGUGGAAGACAAAUCUUACCAAGUGGAAAAGUGCCACGAAUGGUCUCCAUUUCAGAGAGAUAAAUGUCCAAAUCCUUGCGACAGAAAUUCAGACGAAUAUAGCAACAUCGAAGAGCUGAAGCAUUGUCCAGACAGAGCGAAAUGUACUGAUACGAGCGAAGAUAUUGGACCUAAGAGAAAAUGCAAGUGCGUUAUGGGAUAUCAACUGGAUGAAAAGAAUUGGAAGUGCAAAGAAAAACCUCCUGAAAAGCCAACUCCACGUCCAAUUCCAGUUUUAAGUCCGGUAGAAAAAGUAGUAGCAGUAGUUGUGACCAAGACAGCCAGUACAGUUCUUCUCGUUAUGGUGGGCAUCACAUUGACCCUUUUUAUAAUAAUGAGGAUAUUUACAGUAGACAGAGUUAUUCAAAUGAAUAUGGAAAUUGCUUUGAUGGUCGCACAUUUAUUUCUGUUGUUUCCAUAUGAAAUAUCUUCAGACAAUCCAGAUUUGUGUCAACUGAUAUCCAUUUCGCUUCACUUCUUCUUCACGGUAUGUUUUAUGUUUCUCUUCUUGGAGACUUUGCAUGUGUACAGCAUGGUGGCGUUUGUAGUUCCGAGGAAUGGAUUGUUGAACAGAUUUCAAAAUAUGCUUGUCGGAUGGGGGGUAUCUAUUUUGAUUUUGAUUGUAACAGUCUGUUUCUUCUUGGAGGAUUAUGCAGCUUCCUAUCAUUGCUGGGCUCAGAUGGACAAACCAAUUGUAUAUUUACUCGUGGGUCCAGUAAUAUGUAUCUGCGUUUUGGAUUUCAUAAUGCUGGAAGCUGCUGGAAACGCUAAUUACAAGCCUUUGAAAAUAAUUGAUCACCGCCAACUCUUAAGCUGCAAGAUUCAUCAGAGGUCAAAUCUGAUUCUGAUGCCUUUGAUUUUAUCAUCUUAUAUUGUCGGAAUGCUGUCUGAUCACAACCAGGAUCUAGCUCUUUAUAGCGUCUUUUCUAUUCUGAAUACAAUAAUAGGAGUGCUCAUUUUCUUUUUCCAUACACUCGGCAACGACGAGGUCCGACAAAAAGUACGAGAAUUUCUGAAGUGCUGCUUUAAACAGGAAAAGGAAAGAUAAAAUCAAUAUUACUGAUGUUUUUUACAACAGAUAUUAUAAAUGAAAACGAAUACUACUAUAUGAACAUUUUGCAAGUGCGCAUCUGUUAUGUUUGAAAUAAAAUAAUUGUGAUGAUAAAGUGGAUU